GAUGAAGCUGUGCUGGGGAGAAGGCCGAAGAUGGGAGAGCCAGUCUCAGUUGGUUCUGAUGCCAUCCAGGCUGUGGAGAAUGAAGAAGGGUGGAGAAGAAGAGGGCAGGAAAUCUCCAGAGAGGACAUCAUCCGCUCGGAUGUACAGGCCUGGCACUUCCGGGAGUUCUGCUACCAGGAGGCCGAGGGCCCCCGCAAAGCUUACAGCCACCUCCACGGUCUUUGCCGCCAGUGGCUGAAGCCGGAAAGGCACACCAAGAAGCAGAUGCUGGACCUGGUGAUCCUGGAGCAGUUCCUGGCCAUCCUGCCUCCAGAGAUGCAGAGCUGGGUCAGGGAAUGCGGGCCGGAGACCACUUCCCAGGCGGUGGCCCUGGCAGAAGGGUUCCUCCUGAGCCAGGCAGAGAGCGUGAAGCGGGAAGAGGAGGUGUGGGAGCCCUCACAGGACGUCACCGAUCCACCCGAGGCAGAGCAAGUGGCUUCUGCUUCCAGACAGAGGUCCAUGUUGAUAGGGAGCCGAGAGAAGGAUGACCAAAGUGCCAUGGCUUUGGGAAAUGGAGGGUCACUGGCGAAUCGCUCUGGGCCAUCUCCUGUUUCUGGCACCUCAGGGCUAUCGCUCCAGGGUUUGACGGCAUCCUUUGAGGAUGUGGCUGUGUAUUUCUCAGAGGAGGAGUGGGCGCUGCUGGAUCCGGACCAAAGGGCUCUGCAUAGGGUCGUCAUGGCGGAGAAUCGCAGGAUGUUGUCCUCUCUGGGUGAUGGACAGGAGAGUGGGAAAGAGGACAGAUGGGAAACGGAAGAAAAACUGGAGUGGAGGAAGAAAUCCAUUCCUUAUGACCAUAUAGGCUUUCAUGAAAUUCCAGUCCAAGAAGGAAGUAACAAGUUAGACAAAUGGAAUAAGCUUCCUUUAAGUGUGGAAAUUUUAACUAAUGAAUCAAAUCUUAGCACAAAUCAAGGAAGUUACUCAAGUGAGAAACCCUGUGAAGGCAUGAAGUGUGAAGAGAUCAUCAGUCCCAGCACAAGGUUUUCAAGACAUCCAAGUAACCACACUGUGGAGAAACCCUAUAAAUGCUCAGAGUGUGGAAAGGGCUUCAGUCAGAGAGGAAACCUUAAGUACCAUCAUAGAACCCACACAGGGGAGAAGCCGUACAACUGCUCGGUGUGUGGAAAGAGCUACAGUCAGAAAUCUCAUCUUAACAAGCACCAAAUAAUCCACACAGGGGAGAAACCAUACCAGUGCUCAGUGUGUGGAAAGCGCUUCAGUCAGAGCGCGCAUCUUGUUAGACAUGAAAGAAUCCACACUGGGGAGAAACCGUACAAAUGCUCAGUGUGUGGAAAGAGCUUCAGUCAAAGCACAAAUCUAACUUACCAUGAAGCAGUCCACACUGGGGAUGUACUGUAUACGUGUUCCGUGUGCGGGAAAAGCUUCAGUCGGAGCACGCAUCUUCUUAGACAUGAAAGAAUUCACACAGGGGAGAGAUCAGUGUGUGCAAAGAACUUCAGCCGAAGCACAAGUCUAACGUUGCUGGAAAGAAUCCAUGCUGGGGAGAUACCAGAGAAAUGUUCAGAGUGCGGAAAGAGUUUAAGUCAUCUCACAAGACUUCUCUCCAGUCAAAAAAUACACGUGGAGAUGAACUCAUUAGCAUGCUCGGAGUGUGGAAAGGGUUUCUGUCACAGCACCUGCCUUUCGAUGCAUCAGAGAAUCCACACUGAGGAGAAACCAUAUACAUGCUCUGAGUGUGGAAAGGGCUUCAGUUACAGAAUUCACCUGACUAUCCAUCAGAGAGUCCAUACGGGGGAGAAGCCUUAUACAUGCACAGAAUGCGGGAAAAGCUUCAGUCACAACACAAGCCUUAUUUCACACACACGAAUUCACACAGGGGAGAAACCAUAUAAAUGCUCAGAGUGCGGCAAAAGCUUCACUCAGAGCACAAGCCUUAAUUCUCAUAGACGAAUCCACACAGGGGAGAAGCCAUAUACCUGCUUCGAGUGUGGAAGAGGCUUCCAUCAACGCUCACAGCUUACUUCCCAUCAAAGAAUCCACACAGGGGAGAAACCAUUUCAGUGUUCUGAGUGUGGAAAGAGUUUUAGCCAUAGCACAAGCCUUUCAAAGCAUCGAAGAACCCACACUGGGAAAAACUGUAUUAAUGCUCCUAGUGUGGAAACGGCUUCAAUCACAGGCCAGUCAUUUCUUAUCAUCCCAGGAGCUAUACAGGAGAGAAACGGUUUCCUUGAUCAAAAUGUGGAACAAGCUUCAUUUGUAGGAAAUACCUCAUUGUACAUCAACACGUUCACACAGUGGUAAAUGCUUGGAAUCUUAGCUAUGUCUGUAGUGUGGAAAGAACUUCCGAAGAACUUCAUUUCAGUUGGUUGAUGCCCAGAAGACCAUGUAAACAUCUCUGGUUAAUCAAAUGUUAAUAAUCAAAUGACAGUCUACCUUUGGAAGUUUAUCUGUAUAAAUUCUCAAACAU